AUGUAAGAUAAAAACGGCAUAUAUAUAUUAAACCCAUAAAAUUUUAAUGAUUUUGUUACUUAAAACGAACAUGUUUUUAUAGAUUUCUAUGCCCCAUGGUGCGAUCAUUGCAAGUAACUCGAUCCUGAAUUCAUAAAAAUAUCACAAAAUUAUUAAAAUUAAAAUGUAAAAUUUGCAAAAUCAGAUAUGUCAAUACAUAUGAGUUUAUCAAAAAAAUAUAAAGUUGAUGGCUAUCCUGAUUUACGUUUAUUUUCGUUUGGAAAUUUAGAGCAUAAUAUAAAAUAUAUACAAGAUUAAAAAAAAGAAGAAGAUUUAAGAAACUGGCUAAAUUAAAAAAUUGAAAAAUCUUCCGAAAAAAUAAAUCAUAUUGAAUAACUAGAAGAAUUAAAAUAAAAGAAUUAAGCUUUAAUUGUUUAUUUUGGUUUAAACGAGUAAGAAACUAAUUUUUAAACUUUUAAAUUAGUAGCCAUGAGUUAUGAAGAAACUAAAUUUGCUUAUGUAUUAGAUUAAUAAAUUCGAGCUUAAGAAUAAGCUGAAGAUUUGAGUAUUGUAUUAUAUAAAAAUUUUGAUAAUAAAAGAGAUGAGUACACAGGUGAGUUAAAAAUCAUUUAAAUUAUAAAAUUUAUUGAUUCUCAUAGUAUUCCUCAUAUUAUUCCUUUUGAUAAAAGGGCAGUAAGUAUGAUUUUCGUUAAUUAAAAUCCUGCUUUAUUUUUUGUAUGCAAUAAUAAUCAAAAAUCUAUAAAUGCACUUAAAGAAUUUGAAAAAAGUGCUUUGUAAAAUAAAGGAGGAAAUGUUAUUUUUUCAGUUUCAAAACAGGACGAUGGAUUCGAAAAUAAUUUUAAUAAACUGAUUGAUAUUUUAGAUGUAAAUGAAAAGGAUUUACCAGUUAUAAAAUUGGUUUAUUCUACUUCUAAAAGGGAAAAUAUUUAUGCUUUUUAAAAAGAUAUAACUGCUGAAAAUAUUAAUGAAUUUGUUAUUUUAUACUAAAAGGGAAAACUUAAAAGAUAAAGAACUAAAAAAGAUGAUUUAUGA